UGUAUUACACUGCGGAAACACACACACACACACACACCUGAUCACCAUCACUUGAACUUCAUGGGCGCGCACACACACACACACACACACUCACGCACCCGAGAGACUAAAAUUACAGUCGGUGAGAGAUGUCUGAGGUUGGAGCAGUGAAGAAGUUGAGCUCGAUGUUCUCCACCAUGCAGGAGAAACUACACAAACACAAGGGUGAAAAGAAGGUUGCCCCGCCCCAGUCAGGACCCUUGCCUGCGCGGGAGCGGUCACUCAGCCUGGGCAGACCCCCGUUCUUUGAGUACCUGGUGGUGGUGAGUGUGAGGAGGAGGCUCGGUGGUGACCAUGGUUACGAACCUCAGAUCAUUUAUCAGUUCCCUAAAGCUACCAACCAAUCACAGCGUGAAGAGGAGGAACGAAACCUCCAGGCCAUAACCCUCUUCUGCUUUCCUGAGGGGGUUAACUGGGCCCCCGUCACCGAAUAUCGCAGUGAGACGUUCUCAUUCGUCCUGACGGAGAUCGACGGCAGCAGGAGGAACGGGUACUGCAGGAGACUGUUGCCAUCAGGGAGAGGAGCGUGCCCCCCGGAGGCCUACUGCAUCAUCAGCACCCUGGCCUGCUUCAGCCUCUUCUCCAAGAUAUUUGAUGAGGUGGAGAAAAGGCGUCAGAUCUCCAUGGCGAUGAUCUACCCGUUCAUGCAGAGUCUGAGAGAGACGCCGUUUCCUGCUCCGGGUAAAACCGUCACCGUCCAGAGCUUCAUCCCCGACUCUGGAACUGAGAUGAUCAGUCUGACUCGGCCGCUGGACUCGUGGUUGGAACACGUUGAUUUCAGAUCUUUGUUCCUCUGUGUAUCGGAUGAAGACGUGCUGCAGGUUUUUAGUGCCGCUGUGCUGGAACGUAGAAUCAUCUUCAUCGCCGAGGAGCUCAGUACUCUCUCUCAGGUUCUUCAUGCUGUAGCUGCUCUGCUGUACCCGUUCGUCUGGCAGCACACGUUUAUCUCCAUCGUUCCUAAAGUUCUUCUGGAUGUGUAUUUAGCACCAACACCGUAUCUGCUCGGGAUCCAAAAGAACCUACUGCACCUCAUUACUGAACACACUGACCUGCUCAUCGUGGACCUGUCAGCUCGAACAGAGAGUAAAAUCAUCACCAGAGUUGGUGAUGAAGACCUGCUGAUCCCGUCCAGUCUGCACGAGGAACUUCUACAGGAGCUCUGCAAACGUAAACACGACUCCAAUACAGAGGAGUUAAACCACCUGGUCUCAGAGGCGUUCCUGACCUUUUUCGUGAAGACCGUUGGACACUUCAUCAAUCAUAUCAAACGGCCGAGAGCGACCGAUCAGCCUGGAACCUUCCAGAGGAAGAACUUCCUUAAAGCUGUCGAACCGAAAUAUAAACAGUUCAUCAGGCAGUUUGUGCAGACGCAGAUGUUUGAUCUCUUCAUCCAGGAGGAGGAGAAGCAGCCCAACCAGCAGGGAUUGUUUUAUAAGAAAAUCACAGAGCAUCAGCAGAGGAGGAGGAAGGAACGAACCCGGAGCAGCGGGGCCAGAGGGGUGGUGGUGUAACUGUGGGGAUUGUGUGUUUUAUUAGAUAAUUUUUGUAUGGGAUGGAUUUUAAACUACAGUAACUGUGAUGAAAUGUUGUUGAUUUAGUGUGAAUGAAAUUCUGGGAAAUUCUCUGAAACACUGAAGAGGCAAAAACAAAGAAUUUAAUUUAGUGUGGACGAGAACUUUUGUUUCAGGAUUAUAUUUGUAUUUAUGAAUUUCUAUUAAAACAAACAUUUAUUUUUGUAUUUUGUUUGUUAUGAACUGAACAAGUUUUAAGUCGACACGAAAUCGAGAUGAAAAUGUGAGAGCAGAAAAACGUUCGUCUGGAAUCUUUUAAACUUUUUUACAUCAGUAUUUUUGUUCUUGUUUUGACUCACGAUGAACUUUAAUCAGAAUAAACUAUAAAGUCAAAAUACCGAGUCACGGUGAGUUUAUUAUUAUUAAAACAAUAAAUGUAUGUAAUCUGUAUCACACACACACACUAAAUAAAAGUA